UUGGAACUCGUCCUAACCGGACGUAUAAUUGGUGCAGACGAGGCAGAAUUUCGCUGGGGCAUCGUACGGGUUGUAUGCGAGGGCAGUGUCGUUGAUGAGGCCGUAAAGGUGGCGAGCGAUAUUGCAAGCAAGGGACGCAUCGCAGUGAAUUUAGGCAAGGAGGCCGUGAAUGCAGCGUUUGAAAUGAGCCUCGCUGAGGCACUGAGAUUUGAGAAGCGGUUAUUCCAUGCUUCCAAGGAUCGGAAGGUGGGUAUAUUUUCUGUAUUGUCUGACUAA